CACCGCUGCUUGCGGUCUGGCGGCAGUGCCGAGUGAACGACCGACAAACCAACUGGUUCGCCAGCCAGCGACUCUGCCCGCUCGCUCGCUCGCGGAUUAGCGAACGCACAUCACCGAGGAACAUCGGCAUCGGCAGCGCGUGAGGAGAAAGCUCAGCGGAUCAGAAGAGGCUGCGCGACAUGGAGCCGGACGAUCAGUGCCAGUGAGCCCAGUCGAGGAAGCGACAACGGUGCGAGCAAAAGUGGGUCAGUCGACGGCGAGUCGAGUCGAGACGAGACGAGACGAGUCGAGUCGAGUCGAGUCGAAUCGAGUCGAGCGAGCGCGCAGGAUAGGAGCAUCGGGGGAUGGCCGAGCCGGCGCCGCUGGCCUGCCCCGAUUCACCAGCACGAGCAGUAGACCCGCGCCCACUUGGCCUUGGCAUCAACAUGGCGUCGUCCUUCGACUAGUCGCCUUGCGCUCGCUCGCUCGCCCGCCGACCAGUGAAUCCGUGCCCGAACCACGAUCCAGUCGGUCAUGGCCGGCCAGCCGACGACGGCUUGCCUCUUCACGGCCCUGGCGUUGCUGCUCUGCGCUGUGACGCAGGCCAUACAAAACAACGAGCCGACUCAUUGGCGCUCGUCCGGAGACGAUCCCACGGUCGCGGCUGCCGCAGCCUCGACUCCGCUGCGCACCUCCGAGCACGAGCCGCAGGGCCCCGUGUGGAGCCUGCGCCGAACGCGCGACCACGCGGCCCCCACCCUCAGGCUCGAGAGCUCCAGGGGCAGCAGCAGCAGCAGCGACGACCCGGACGAGCUCGAGUCGGCGGCGGAGACGCGGCUGCACUCGGAGCAGUCGAGCAGCCUCGCCGACGACAGCCUGGACGCUGCGCUCAGCUCGUCCGCCAAGAUCGUCGACCACAUCGACGAUCUCGGCAACCAGAUCGAAGUGAAGGCCGGCGACUACUACAGGAACAUCGUGCCGACGAAGAGCGAGAGCCUGUCGGGGGAAGGACAAGGGGCUCCGGGGGGACAGCAGCCGAGCAGUCCGUCGUCGGAGCCCCGGGAGCAACGAGAGGGAGCCUCUCAGGCGUCGACCGCGCAGCCGCGGCAGGCGCGCCGCGAGCCCGCGAGGAUCUUUAGCGAGCACGCGCCGCCGCCGGUCCUGAGCCAGGCCGAGCCCCCGGCCAGCCAGCAGAGGCAGGCCAACCCGGACAUCCAGGACAUCAUCACGGGCAUCGUCAAGCUGCUCAACGGCAAGGUCAACGUGGCCGUCAGCUCGGUCAAGCCCGUCCGAGCGCCGCAGAGCACCAGAAUCAACAACAGGGGACCGCCGAGGAUCUCGGACGUGGUGCCGCUGCCGCCGGACUUCGACACGCCGGGCAUGAAUCCCCCGCCGGCGCCGCUGCCGGAGCAGCCGUCCACCUUCGAGACGCCGCCGUCGCCGAGUCCGCCCUCCUUGGAUCAGCUGCCUCCGGAACCCACGCCCUUCCUCGAUGGCCUGGGCCAGCCGGAGCCCAUUGUGCCGCCGCCGGCCCACCGACCCUGGAAUCGACCCAAGCGACCCGGUAUGCGGAGGCCGAUACCAGCGUAUAAGCCGCUGCCGUCAGCGAACGCAAGCGCGAGCGCCAGCCCUGACCGCGAGCAGCAGUCCGAGUCGAACGCGGUGCUGGAUGUUGGCAACAAGAUCGAGCUGGACCAGCUGAACAGGACCAGCCGACCGACCGUCUCGCCGACCAGGAAGUACCAGUCGACGCUGAAAACCGAUCAGUCGAUCGCCGAGGACGUUCUGAUUUUGGGCGGACUGCCGCCAUUGGCACUGCCGAUUCCCAACGCGACCGACCACAGCUAUGAGCAGGGUGAGCCCGAGCCGGUCGUGCCGCUUAACAGCAUCACCGACAACGAUAAAAUUAGUUUGAAGGCUUCUUCGUCCAGUACGAAUAGCAAAUUAAUAUUUCAAACGACACUGAACGUCGCGACGAGCUCCUCCGUUCGCAUGAUAGAGACGACGUCCACAACAACGAUGCUCGAACCCAGCAUCGCUCCAGCCGUUCACAGUGACCUUUCCGAAUCGUUGACUGGCGCCACUACGCCGCCAAGUUCGAGCAUUACGACGCUGGAACCAAGCAGAGCGUCAACGAUUAACUCUGAUUUAUCAUCGGCAUCCAGUUCGUCGACUCCGACCGAAGCUCUCGUUCCGACGUUGCUCAAGACGACGCAUAUACCUCAAAGAUCGACGGUUCAAUCGAUUACUUUCUCCAAGGGUCAGAGCUCCAUCUAUUCGUAUCGCCCUCGUCCUGGGAUAGUUUUGGACGACACUUUGGAUUACACUGGAGCUCAAGGUUUGAGUACGCACCGACCUUACGGACCUCCACGACAUCCGCCAAAUCCUGAUACCUUCGACGUCGUUGUAUCGGCCAUUCAAGGACCUGGAGGAUCUGGUACCGGUGAAGUCAAAGUACCGGUGAAUUUUGGCGCUCACAGCGGUGCGGACGACAUAUUAACAUCACCCGUGGAAGGCCAAGGCUUCGUGAGCAUAGACGGGCAGAGAACGUAUCUAAAUUUGUUCGACAAUACCGAAGGUACCGCGGCAACUGGCAAGGUGCAGCCUACAAGAGUGCAUAAUGCUCCUAUCGCCGGGACGGGCUUUGCCGUGACAACGGAGAUAGCCGGUGUAUCGACGAGGCCGAGCGUGCCGAUCAAGAGACACAGGCGUCCAACGCAGCCGCCAGUCAGAAUCGACACGUGCAUAGUCGGCGAUUCGAGUACUUGUGACGCUAGUCAGCAUGAGGCCUGCGCCACCGUCCAGGGGGUCUCGGCCUGCCACUGCAAGCCUGGAUUCGCUAGACUCACGCACUCGCUUCCUUGCAAAAAAAUCGUUAGCAUUGUUGUUUCUAUUAGAGUUGAUAAGAUUUACGAUAAAAAGCUGAUUUGGACGGCAGAUCUCGAAGACAGAGACUCAGAGUUCCAUCAAACAUUGGUUUACGAGGCAAACAGAGCCAUUGAGUCAGCAAUGUCAAUGACUCCGUUUUCCGACGAAUACGUUGGCUCUUCCGUUAACAAUAUUUAUCAAGGAGACAUAAGCCAAGGCCAAGGAGGCGUUUUCGUGAACGCCACGUUAAAACUGGCCUACGAACCGAGAACGGCAAGGCAAAGUCUUGCCGGAGAACUACAAAAACAGCUUCUUGGUGUUAUUCAGAGGAGAUACAAUAACAUUGGAAAUAGUGCACUACACGUGGACAGUCCUGCUGGCUCGAUUUCCAAUCUCCAAGAUUUAGACGAAUGUGCUUCGUCCGAGCUAAACGAUUGCCACUCGUCGGCCACGUGCACCAAUACGUUUGGUGGAUUCACGUGCAGCUGUCGCUUGGGGUUGAAAGAUCCACACAAAUCUGAUCAAAGCACAUCUGGCAGAACUUGCCUGUCUUGUGCAUCGUCGCAUUGCAACAAUCGAGGAACGUGUUCUUACAAAGAUGAUCAGAUGCAUUGCACAUGUACUGGAAAUUAUUACGGCGCUCAAUGCGAAAUUGACGGUGAAGUUCUUGGAGUUGCGAUUGGUGCCUCGGUUGCAGCGCUCAUCAUUAUUGCCCUAACUCUCGUGUGCCUCGUGAUGUGGAGCCGAAAAUGGUCUCAAGAGCAAAAAGCAAUAUCUCCGGUUUAUGGAUACGUUCAAGGAACGCUUCCAGGCACGUUGCCAGGUUCGAUGGGAACUUUGGCUUCGGUAAAACAAGGUCCACCGACGAAUCUGCCAUCAUACAUGUGGGCCCAGGUAGCUGACCAUUUAGCAACAGCCAACGUUUACGCGACAGAACCGAUGGGACCGACGCGACCAAGUUCGGCGAUGAUCGGUUAUCCAACCCUCAGUCUUCACGGGACGCUACCUCCGGUGCCGCUGCCACGACUACAAGCUCCUCCGCAUACGGUUAAUAGGCAAAGACAUCAACCGGAACCCGAUAGUUCCGACUCCGAGCCCCAAGAUAAAGAUCGCGCCGAUCUAAUUCCUCAGAGCAACUUUCAGGUACCCAGGCCGAAGUCUCGAUCGUCUCUAGCUAAUCAAAGCGGGAUUUACUACGACGUCGAGUAUGAUCAAGGAGAUGCGCGACAUUUAUCAAAAAACAACAUACCUAUGUCCACUUACAGUAUGGCACCAUUUUACAGAACGUGAUUUUGAAUACGAAAACCAACUGAAAAU